CAUUUGUUUUGAGAUAGUUGACCGUUAAGCACAAAGAAAAAUGCUUUCUGGAAGACGUUACCUACUAGAAGCGGCGUCGAAAGGGGAUAUGGAGCUGCUCGACUACGCUUUAGGUCAACCUUAUUCUUUUACUGAUUUGAACGAAGCUUUACUGAGAUCUUGUUCAUUUGGACAUAACCGUUGCACGCGAAAAUUACUGUCGUAUGGAGCUGAUGUUAACACUGUGGACGCCGAUGGUGAUAGCCCGCUAAUGUUGGCAGCUGCUAAUGACCAUUACAUCGUCGCUAAGUUAUUAGUUGCAAUUGGUGCGAAAAUUAAUCAUACGUCAGAUAGAGGAAGGACGGCACUGCACGCAGCCGUUUGGAAUCAAAGACGUGAACUGGUUAAACUAUUAAUUAAUUUUGGUGCUGAUGUUGGCAUUCAAGAACUAUAUGGAGAAACGGCUGUAAUGCUAUGUGCUCGAAGGGGUUUUCCCGACAUUCUGCGUAUUCUUUUGAGGGUAGGGUGUGAUAUUGGCGUCAAGAGUGACGAACAAGAUACAGCAUUACAUUACGCUGCCCGUUACAAUCAUCCAAGUUGUGUUGAACAACUUUUAAGCCACGAUAGAACGAGUGUAGAUGCCAAGAACAUGUGGGGUUAUACUCCACUUAUGCUGGCUAUUUUAUAUUCAUGCGAUAAAACAGUUCAGUUAUUACUAGAUUCUGGAGCAUCUCCAAUAGAAAGAGAUCAAUCCGAAAGAACGGCUCUGUUUCAUGCUGUGAGUAAAGAUAGAAGCGUUGAAAUUAUUCAACGUCUAGUAUCUUACCAGAAUAUAAAUGUUCCCGAUCGUUACACUGUAACACCUCUCAUGGCAGCUGUACACUCAAAUUAUACACAGCCAGCAGCAGUACUACUGCAGCAUGGAGCAGACGUGCAUCGUACCUCACGUGUUUGUAUUGGAGGUAAUUUUGACUUUUGGACAGUCGCCCAAGUGGCUUUAUAUCGCGAGAAUGUACACAUUCUCGAGAUGGUACUGUAUUGCGGAGCUGAUAUAAUGGGAAUCUAUAAAUUCUUAUCAAACGAAGAUAAUGCUUUAAGAGUUUCUCGCAACGAAAAAUUAGUUGAAACAGUUUGUUUUCAUCUUUCAUGUCCUCAAGCUCUUAAGGAUAUGUCGCGUAUUGUGAUAAGAAAAGCGUUGGGUACCAAUGUAUGCGAAAGUUGUAAAUAUUUACCUAUACCACCUCUUCUUCAAGCAUAUAUUAUAAACGUUGAAUAG